AUGCUACCCGUGCCCGUAUUCACGCCGAGCUAGAUCGGGCGCCUGUGCAGCCGGCUCACGACGCUGAACACGUUCGGCGCCAACACGCUGUCGCGCGAGGACCUGCUGCGCAUCCCUGAGCUGGCCAUCAACCCGCUGGGAGACCGCAACGUGCACGCCUUCUUCCAGGACGGGUCGGUGAGGCGCAUCAACUUCCGGCGGUUCCUGAAGACGCUGGCCAUCUUCCGGCUGAUACGGAAGGGGCGCGAGACGCGCCACAACUCGCGCGGCCAGAAGCUGCAGUUCGCCUUCCGGAUGUACCUGGACGGAUAUGACCUGAUCUCGCCGGAGGUGCUGCUCUGCGUCCUGCACAUGAUGGUCGGCGCCAACAUCAGGUGA